AUGGAUAUUGAAUCAUGUCACCGUACAACAUCGGGCAGUGGUACACAAAAUGAAGUACCAAUCAUGGUAUCCACUAAUGAUAAUACAUUAUCUCAAGACACGAUAACAUUAAGACAUGGUAAAACUGAAGAUUUGAAAGACACUAAUACGACAGAACAACGAAUGAUUGAAUACAGUCCUGCUAUUCUUAAUUUAAAUGCUCUAACAAGACUUGACAUUUCAGGACAUGAUGAAUCGGUCGGUAUUGCACAACAACAGAAUCGAACUGUUAUUCAGCCACCAUCAUUUUGGUCACUGAAUGGACUCCGCGUUCGAUGGGCUGAUCCUCUGUUUCGAAAAAUGUUACGGAAUGUAUUCCUAUUGGCAUGUUCAUGGAGUCUUGGUCAAGCCAUAAAUUAUAUUCAAAUAAGUACGACCACGUUAGCAGCCACACGUUUUACCAAUAAGCAUCUGGCUACAAUACCUAUCGGCUUAAUGCUUUUAGUUGGUACUAUUUUGUCUAUAUUUUUGCCCCGUGCUAUAGCUCGUUUUGGAUACCGACGACCAUUAUAUCUUGGUACUCUAAUGGCUUUUAUCGGAUCUGGACUUAGCAUUGUGGCAACAUGGUAUGAGCUCUAUUGGUUGUUGAUUGUGAGUACUGGAUUUGUAGGUGGACAAGUGCCGUGUACAUUAUACUAUCGUCUGGUAGCAUUGCAGUUUUCAACGCAAGAAUUUGCUCCAAAAGCCAUCGCAAUGGUUAUAGCUGGUGGUUGUUUUUCUUCGAUACUCGGGUAG